AUGGCAGCCUCCAGACGUUCUCACAUGUCAACAUUAACAAUGGUUGAAGCCUUAGCUAUGAUACACUCUUCUGAAUCAAGUGAUGAAUGUGAUUCAGAUGAGGAUAAGAAUUACGUUCCAAGUGAGACGACCACAGACAGUGACGAUGAAAUUCCACCCCAAGCUAAGCUUGAUCCAGUUGGUGUUGAGCCUAUUGCAGUGGAUGCUGAGCCUAUUGCAGCAGAUGCCGAGCCUAUUGCAACAGAUGCCGAGCCUAUUGCAGCAGAUGUCAAGCUUAUUGCAGCAGAUGCCGAACCUGAUGCAGAAGAUGCUGACCAACCAAAGAUCAAGCGGCGUAAGCGUCCUGCUGUUAAUGAAUGGAAGUCUUCUGUUAUUAAAGAGAAACACCUACAUGGGGAAUCAUUCAAGAAUCGCAAGGGUCAGGAUAGACCGGCUGCAAAAAUGGGUCCACCUUGCAAAUCUGCAUAG